AUGUCAAAUCAAUCCAUAGGAAACACAACACCGGCCGUGGCGUCAACACCGGUCGCUGUCCCUACUGUACCUAUUGAGUCCCCCUCAAGAUCUCCGCCGGCUCAGAACGAACUUGUCCCUGCAGACGAUUUCGAUCAUGAUUCUCAAGGGGAUGUUGACUCUUCUCUUGGAACCGAUGCUGAAAGCUCAACCGCCUCAGUUUCUGCCAGUAUCCUCGAGUACCGCCGAAGCCAAGGACGCACGUACCACAGCGACAAAUUCACCUCAAACUACUUUUUCCCUAACGACGAUCAACAACUAGAGUCAAUGGACUUAACGCACCAUUACUUGACGCUUCUUUUGGACAACGAAUUGUUUCUCGCUCCUGUGAAGACAGACUCUACACAGGUGGGACGUUCUCACAAAAACUCAAGCUGGUUGGAAGUAUUUGUGCUGACUUUUAUAACGCUUCUCGCAGCAAGUUCUAGAUGUUGGGACUGGAAGUGUGAAUUCGCCGACCGAUACCCCGAUGUAGAAGUCAUUGGCACAGACCUUUCCCCUUGCCAACCCCAAUGGGUCCCGCCGAACGUUCGAUUCGAAAUUGACGAUGCAAGUCUAUCCUGGACAUGGAAGGAGAAUCACUUUGACUUGAUCCAUAUGCGAGACCUCUUUGGCGCUAUCAAAGACUGGAACACUCUAUUGAGAGAGGCGUAUCGCUGUUGUGCUCCGGGAGGCUGGGUCCAGUCCGGUGAAGCCGAUAUUACGUUCCGCAGUGACGAUGGAACUACUGAGUUGGAGCCUGUAUUCAAAACCUGCCAGAAGCUCUUUGAAGAUGGUAGCAGAAUUCUAGGCAACCCUUUUUUUGUGCACGAUUUGCAGCAGAAAGCGUUUGAAGAGGCUGGCCUGGGAGACAUCAGAACGGUCGAUUAUAAGCUUCCUGUUGGUGGUUGGCCUAAGGACCCAAAACUCGCCGAGAUUGGUCGAUUCGUUAAGUUCACAAUAGAGAACGACUUGGAGGGUUACACACUCAUGAUGUGGCACGAUGUUGUCCAAUGGCCCCGAGAUGAGUACCAGGUGUUUCUCAUGAGCAUGCGCAGAGCGAUACGCAACCCGGAGGUUCAUAGCUACAUGGUUGUGCGUUACGUCUACGGCUGCAAGCAGGUGCAAGGCCCGAUAUAG